AUGUGUGCGUGGUGUACUGUGUGUACGUUGUGUACUGCGUGUACUUCUUCCCCCUCUGUGAUGGCCUCUACGCCUUCUUCUCCGCGCUCCCCUAACGAGUGCUCCUGCGCCUGUUUCUGUCCUGCGCCUGUCUCCGCGCCUGUCUCCGCCCCCACGCUCAGGGACUUUCUCAGUGUAUUUCCCACAAAGACCCCACUACCUACUGGUGCUGAGCCGCGUUACAAUCUCUGUCGUUCCUUACGUGAAACACUCCACCAUGCAUCGAACGGCGAUGUUACGGCCACGUUGGCUGUUCUGCUGGACCACGUGGCAGACUGUUCCAUUGCCAUUGAACACAAUACAAAGUGUAAAGAGGCUUCGUUUCUUUUUCUGCAAGAUUCCCAGCGUGUCAAUUCCAACCAAGCAUUGUCGUUCGAUUCACGCUACUACGAGUAUCAUCUGGUGUUGUUUCAAUCUCAAGAUGACAACGUAUCAAUCCAAGAUUAUUUGCGAGUUGUCGAUAACAUGGCCGAAUUGGAUGGAAAGGUCAAACGAAAACUUGUUGAUUCCAUAUGGCAAAUUUUCUAUAGUCCAUUGGCCAUACUCGUUUCAUGUAGGGAUUGGAAAUAUUUGGACAAGCUAAAACGGUUGUUUAUUAAUAGAAACAUACCAAAUGUCGAGAUCUUGAACACGAUCGACUAUUUCAACCAGUGGGUUGUGUAUGACGUGCUGAGAUGCCUGCAGGACUACUCGGAAGAGCAAGUCAAUGCUUUGUCGUUGCAAAAAGUUCUGGCCAACGCCUAUGAAUCGAAUUUGCAAUUGUCCAGUGUUGAACUGUCGGUGGAAAACAACCUCAACAAUGCAAAGGCGUUUGCCUAUCCGUUCCUAUACAGGUUAAACCUCUUGGGCAAAGAUCCAUCUCCUUUCCCCUUCGGCCCUUGGCUAUUUCCGGACUAUCAAAGUUGCGAUUGUUCUACCAACAAUCGCAAGCGCGCUUGCAAGCGCGCUUGCGAUAACUCCGUCGGAUCUAUUAUCGGCCAUUACAACAGUCGGUUAUCCACCAUUAACAGCAACAACAAUAAUAAUAACAUCUCGUUGUUCCACGGGUCUAGAUUACAAUACUUGCUGAAUUUCAUUCCACAUAACAAUUUGUUUGUUCAAUUCAUCAAUAAUGUAUUUGCAAUUCAAUCUAUUCCUAGAUCACUCUUAUUUGUUCAAUUCAUCGAUACUUAUUUGAUUUUACCACCAGCUACAGCACUUUUAAUUUUCGAUCAAUUCUUAAAAGAUCCACUUGCUACUCGCCUGGUUGUUGCGAACAAUUUCAUCCAAAGAUCGUUGCACUACUUUCUUGCAAACUCGGAUCGUACUACUCCUCCUCUUCCUCCCAUCUUGAACCACGUAUGGAAAUUACUCUCUUCUACACAGGAGAUCUCGCCUUCUCUCUCGCCUUCUCUUUUGCAUCAUCUUCCUUUGUUUUUCUCCAAUGUACUCCCCAUUAGAAAAAAAUUACACUCUCACAUAUUAUUUGAAGAUCAUUCUUUUAUUAAAAUCUACCAAUAUAUCCCUUCGCUAGUACUAAUCUUACAAUCGUUCAUCUCUACUCUGUCCCCAUCACAAUUGCAAUUACAAUUACAAUUGUCUAUAAAAAGAGAAUUAUCUCAAUUACAAGCUUUUCGAAAUUAUCUCACUCCUAUAAAAUCCAUUGCUCGUUAUUUACAAUUCGAUUUCUCAAGAUGUUCUGUCACGCUUUUACACCCGUUUAAUAUUAUUACGUCAUUGAUUUUACAAAAAUUAGCCGCCGACGUCACGGACCUUACACCGCCGGAUUUACUUUUAAUCUCGGAACCAUGUUUGAUUUCUAUUGUUUUGAUUUUACAAAUUCAAUCAAACCAAUGGAUCCGUAAUGGGGAUUCUCUCAAAUUGCAAUCUUUAAUGUAUUCACAAGAUAUUCAUAUGAAAAAAUUCUUGAUUUUUAAUGAUUAUUACAUCCUAAGACAAACCAUAACCUAUUCAAACCUUGAUCAGUUUUGGCAAAAUUAUUUAUCAAAACUCAAGAAUGACCCAACUCAUUCUCUUUUAAUAUUGUUACAAUUAUUCACAUCACCAAUCCCUCACAAUGACGAAUUGCUAAUACAACAUGAAAUUAUUAAUUGUUUGAAUUGGAAAAAAUUAUCCUAUUCAAAUUUAUUAUUAUGUUUACCAAAAAAUAUUUCUUCUUUGCCCAAGUUCACCACUAUCUUAUCUCAAACUACUAUUACCAAAAAUUCCUUAUAUCAAUUGAAGAAGAAAUAUUUGACCUAUAUCAAUCCAUAUUAUAUAGGUCUCACCUUCUCACAAUCAACCGAUCUACUUUCCAUUAUACAAGAUCCUUUACAAUUAGCCAUAUUCAAUUGUAAGCAAGAUAACCCCAAGGUAUUCCGUUUGUCCUCAUCCCCUGCUUUCCAUCGGUAUUUACUAGAUCGGAUUGAGUUAGCAAUAAGGGAUGAUUCAUUGCGUAUUAAUUGCGUAAAUCUCAUCUACAUUUGUCUUUUAAACAAUUUCAAAAAUUUCCAAUCGUUUUUCACACCUAUUACAAUCUCCCAUUUAAAAUCACUCCUCAAAUUUGAUUCAAUUCAAUUACUUCUUCAAAACAUUUUACGAAUGACAUCGAAUCAAAAUCUUAUUAUUGCCCCAUUCCACUCCCUCUCUUUUUCUUCUCCUUCUCCUUCUCCUUCUCUCCCCACUAGGAACCCUAAAAAAAUCAUCUCCCAUCACAAGAAAUUGUUAUCCAAAUUUUCUAAACAACAAAAUUUAUUUUUAAAAUAUAACCCUUCAUUAUCGAUCGAUUCUUCCCCUGUCAAAGAUGAAUGUUGUUUUUGUAAAGAUGAUCUUAUUUCCAAUUCUAUUUAUUUCACAUUUACUGAAAAUUCAAUAAUUUCUCACACAAGCACCCAUUCUAAAGAGGGAAUUAUUACAAACUCAUGUGGCCAUGGUGCUCAUAUCAAAUGUUUAUCAAAUCAUAUGCAAGCAAUCUUACCAUUCGCUUUCCAAUCUACCAAAAAUAUUCCCCUGAUGUGGGGGAUUGGUAUCUUAUAUUGUCCAGUAUGUUCGAAUUUAACUAAUUCCUUUUUACCCGUUCUAUGUGAAAAUAAUUUAAAUUUUAAACAUUCACAACUUAUAACUACUCCCCAGUAUAGUAAUCAAUUCACUGAAUUUUCAUUCCCAUUUAAAUUAACACUCAUUUUGAUAAGUAUAUCUCAUAAGAAAAAAUUAAGUUCAAUAAUUUCCAUUUUCAAUGAAUUAAACAAAAUUUUCAUUAAUACAAUUGUAAAUUUACAGAUUUAUUUAACCGCCAAAAAUUGUACACUCACCACUAUUCCAAAUCAAAAAUUGAUCACUAUAAAAUUAUUGGCUAAUUUGAAAACAUUCAUUUAUAGAUACUAUUAUUUUAAUCCUGAAAUUAUACAAUCAUUAUUCAAUAAUUUUUUAAAUUGGAAUUCAUUUUUACAAAUAAUUAAAAAUGAUUCUACCUUUAAUUUUAUUGAUAUUGAUCGUCAUUUAUUAUUUUUAUCAUCCAUCAAUUAUGAAUUGAAAUUUUCAAAAAUAGAACUUCAUAAUUUAACUAUAACAGAUUUAUUAUUUAAAAAAUUACAUCAUGAUUUUUUCAAUCUAUCAAAAGAGUUUAUACAAAAUGGCGCUACAAUUAAUUUACCUAUGAGGAACAUUCCAAAUGAGAACAAUGAAAUCUCGUUGAUGUUUAGAAUCUUUAAUAGAUAUUUAUCAUUCUUUAAUUAUGAACCAUCUACCAUGGCAAUCGAUGAUUUGAAAUUAAAAAUUUACUCCAUUAUUCAAAAUAGUUUAAAGAUUUUUUUCAAAAAAUUGAUUUUAUUAAUUUAUUCAAUGUAUCAAUUAAACGAAUUGUCCCUAACAGAGUUGGAUGACAUAAAUUUUUAUUUGAAAUUCUUCCACGCUUCUCACCCUAUUUCAUUAUCCCAAAUUUUAGAUCGAUUUUUAAAAUUAGAAUUACCAAUCAUUGAAUCGACUUUAAAAUCAUUAUCCUCUUCUUCAAUGUUAACUCGUAAUAUCAUUCAUUAUAAUUUAUCACAUUCAUACAUUGAAACGUUCCAAAAUUUCAAUUUAAUCCAUUUACCUCAUAAUUAUUCCGAUUUAAUUUUGCAAACAAAUUUAAAUUUACAGAAAUUUUUUACUAAUUUCAAUUCAGAAAUAUUAAAAUUUGAUAUUGCCAUCUGUUUAUUUUGUAAUAAAAUUUUGUUAUUUAAAAAUUUAUUACCUUGGCAUGAUUUUAAAUUGGGUGAAUGUACAAAUCAUUCAAGAAAUAAUUGUAAAGUUAUAAACACUUUUGGGAUGUUUAUCUUACCAUUUGCCAAUGUCAUUUAUAUUUCUUAUGGUACUAGAGGUUCAUUUAUUGAGUCUCCUUAUAAAAAUAAAUUCAAUACAACUGAUACUAAUGAAAGUCUACCUUUAAUCUUAAAUGAAGCUGCUUGGAACUAUUUGAAAAAUGAUAUUUUAUUAAAUAAUAUGAUCCCGCAUCUAAUUUUUAGGAAGACUGAUGGCAAUUUAGAUAUUGGAGGUUGGGAAAUUUUUUAA